CGGUUCUCUUACUAGUACGAGGAAUGCUUUUCGAUGGUUAUAAUCCGACAUCAACAGGCGACCUUGAGAUCAAGCGACACACCACAUCGACGAUUUCUCUCGUACCACGCGGCGUCACUUCUAAUACCAGAAUGUCCUUAUAGAUUCACAAAGUUGAGUAGCGACAUGGCAUUUUUCCCCUCUGAUCUCCAUAGUCAAGCCGUAUAAAAUGAAAAUCCACUCUAGCCGUAGCCUCGCAAAACAACAAAAAGACGACGAAGCGACCACACAGUGUAAUUGAGUUUUUCGUCAGUAAAAAUUGAGAGGUGUACUAGGCCCCUCUGCUAGUACUUACGUGCAAACGAUAAAUCUGCGAAGAAAUUAUAACCCCAAGUAUUGUCGGUAUGGCAGCCCGCGAGCAGCAGCAGCAGCCGGGGGGCACCCCGGCCCCGAACGACGAGGUCCUCCCAAGCGGUUGGGCGCGGGCGUUGAGCGCGGACGGGAAGCCGUACUACUACAACCGCGUGACCAUGCAGACGCAGUGGGUGAAGCCGGUGAUUGUGUGGAAGGAGUACACCGUGACGGAGGGCGCGAGCGCAGGGAAGAAAUACUACUACAACACGGAAACCAAGAAAACGCAGUGGGAGUGCCCGUUGGAUCUAUUACCGAGUACCACUGCAGCAGCAGCAGCGGCGGCGGGUUCCAGCAGCGGUACCACUACUGCUGGGGCGUCGACGUCCGGUAUGCCAGGGGCGGCCAAGGUGGAGCACACGUCGAUUACGGAGAGCCGCGGACAACAGCAGCAGGCAAACGCCGACAAGUUCCUAUCCGCGGAGGAGUUGCGGACGAAGUACCCGACGCCGGAGGACCGGCGCGCCCAGUUUGUCACUUGCGUGGAGCAAUACCUGGACCAGGUGUACAAGGACACCGGAAAAUUCAACAAACUCCGGUGGGAGGACGUCGCGAAAAAGCUGGAUGCCAACGACAACCGGUUCCAGCUGAUCGAGUCCGGUGGGGACCGGAAGCAAAUAUUCCACGAGGUGUUGCAGAGAAAAGAGGUGUCCAAGCGCGACGAGAUCCGGAAGGCCAAGCACCACGCGCGCCACGACCUCUUGGAGGUGCUGCGGUCGCGGUGGCCGGGGAAGAAACGGGGCGCGCGGUUCCGCGACGCCUACGAAUUCUGCAGCCAGUUCGACUGUUGGAAGACGCUGCUGGUACAACUUAAAUACUUACGCUUUUUUGUCGGAUAAUUCAUAUAUGCAUUUUUGGAACACAAAAAAGGUCCUUGUUGACUUUUAGAAUCACAAGCACAACGAAGCUGUAAACUGUUCUGAGCUUGAUUCACUAUCACUGACUUCACUUCACGUUGUUGCCAAAAAAGGAAAAACUUCCUGCUCUCGAAACCCCUCUCAGGACGACAACGAGCGCGACGAGGUUUUCCAGGAGUUCCAGGACGCGUAUGAUAAGGAGGACCGCGAGGAGCGGAAGAAGCAGAAGAUGGAGAAGAUCGGCGAGUUCGCCCACAUGCUGGCGGAGAACCCCGACAUUCUGCGGUCGAAGAUCACGUAUCAAAUGCAAAAAUGUCCGGGUCUGGAAGAUUGCGAGAUUUGUCAUGCUUGUCUGGCAUGACUGAAAAGUCUGUGAUGCGUGUCCAAGAAGAGACCCUUUUUCUUGUCAUGCAAAAACGCAGCUUGUCAUGCAGAAAGCGCAACACUGUAGCCCCGAAAAUAUUUCUCAUGCUUGCCUGUGCAUUACAGAGCGCUCACUAUUCCCAACGCAGCAUUACAAGUUUCCUUACCCAGACAUAUUUGCAGUUGAUAUCACGUGGAGGGAAGUGGAGAAGAUGUACGAGAAGGACCCGGUGUUCCAGUGGCUCCACCGGGCGGAUGCGUUAGCCGCGUUCGAAAAGUACCUGAAGGAGGUCAGCGCGAAAAUGCUCGCGGACGCGAAACGCAUGAAGUUCCGGCGGGAGCGCGACGCGCGGGUGCGGUUCCGAAAGUGGCUCCGAGACCGGACCUGCGAGAGCACGGAAGACUUUAAGCAAAUGGAGCAACAUCUGGACAAGGAGGACAAGGCGCGGGAGGAGUCGCGCAAUAAAAGCCGGAAGGGCCGCGACCGCUCCAGCUCGCGCACGAGAAAUAAUAACCGCGAUGACGGGGGUGGGGAAAAGGAAUACCUCCGCGCGCCAACGCCGGACACUCGGUUGAUUUGCGUGGACACCACGUGGGCUGAACUCAUAAACUGGUAUAGAAUUUUAUGAAAUAAUUUUUUUUUGUUCAAUCUUCUGACUGGCCACCUGUAUCUUGUGUAUCUCCGAGUGUAGUUUCUGUGAAUGCCUGUGUAGAAGGGUUCCUGCUUGUGCCCACCGCAGUACCGUUCCCGCUUCGUGAAGAUGAAAAAUAGCAGGCUGUGAUGUACUUGAUGGCUAGCCCUGGCAUCAUACUCUCCACGACAGGUACAACCUCACUGAGUUGCAGGAAUACAAGGACAUUCUGGGCGCCACUGGCAGCGGGCCGACUGCGAUUUACAACGUCCACGUCGAUGGUACGGACUGGUUUUUUGUCGUUCUCUUCGUAGUUUUUCACAAGUUGGGUACUACAUCACAAGUUGGUCUCAACAUUGUUCUGCUUGUUGCGACGUAUAUGCGUACGUAUCCUAUAGCUGUAGUUGACAUUGGAUGGACUGAGUUCGCGAAGACCGUGCUUUGGCAAAAUUCAACAUGAGGAAGCUGCAACAAUCAAGAAGUAGAUGAAAGCGUUUUCAAAAUAAUCCACCACGACCUCCACACACAGAUCUGCUGGACAGUUUGAACGAAGACCGGCAGAAACUCCAGGAGAUGAUGGACCAGGAAAAGGAGAAAUCGCGUGGCUUCGUGCUAACAAAAGAUACCACGCUGGAGGAGUUUCGUGAUUUUAUCCGAAGGCGCCGGAAGAUGAACUCGGUGCAUAUCCGUAUCUUGUACAACGAGUGCGUCAAGGCGGUCGAAGAAGAAAAGAUCAGAAACGACAAGGCCGAAAAGAAAAGCCGACAAAAACUGGUACUAUACGAACUUUUUUGCUUUUAUUUGUUUCAGACGGAACCGGAAGUGAGAACUUGAACUAGAGACACCUCGUCCUGGCAGCACUCUAAUAUUGUGUUCACCUGGUGGAACAAGUUCUUCAAGUGGAAGAAACUUUUUGUCCAGAUCACCCGGGCCACUUAGAAAAUGGGAAAAGAAUAAAAAUCUUGCAGAAGCGCAAUCCCUCCGCAGGCUUCAAAACUGCCACCCAGGUGGGGGCGGUGAAAAUGUGCAGAUCGCCCGGGCCACUUGAAAACCAGAAAAAAGUGAAAAAUUGCGCAAAACCGCAGUCCCUCCCCAGGCUCCAAAACUGCCAGUCAGCUGCGGGCGGUGAAAAUGUCCAGAGCCCUUCGGCCACCUAGAAACUUGAAAAAAAAGGGGAAAUGACCGAAAAUCGAGAACCCUCGGCAGGCUUGCAAACUGGCCGCCAAGGGCGGUCCGGCGGGCGCGCGCUUGCGCCAUACCAUCACGAUUGGGAAAAAAAAGUCGGACUAGAAGCGGGCGGAGGCAUGUCCCAAAAUCCGCAUUUGGUCUGGGUUGUGGGCACAAAUUCGGCACCUCCGCCGCGUCUGAAGUGCCCGACUUUGGUUGCCCGGAAGGGUUUCCGGAUUUUCGGCUUUCCACAUACCUUCCGGCCCAGGUGGCCAGUUUGUCAUGCAGGGGGCUAGAAAGGAUUCCCCGCUGCGAAAUAGCAGACCGGAUUUCGCCUUCAAUGCUUAUCGCAGGAGCCUGCGGGCCGCCGCGGGCGACAGUAGUUGUCCGCGGCCCUUUGCGAUAAGCUUUGAAUGCGAAUCCGGAGGCCCCCGAUGACCCGCGAUAGAUGGCGAGACUUACUUUCAACCUAUGCGCACUAAAACUAGCGGCGUCGACUGACAUCCCACCCGGCCGCGGCCAUGUUCUGGAAGCGACACAUGUGGACCCUAGUCUACGUGUUGACUCUAAUUAAAGAAGGCUCAAGAAGAAGAAGUGGGAUUCUAAUUAAAAGAAAUGGUGGUGGCAGCCGCGCGGCGAAAGCGCGGCCCGCGGUUUGGCUUUCGCGCUGGUUAGAUUUUCGCGCACGCAUUUGGUUACCAAUAUCGCCCUCCGGGCGCGAUCUUCAUAUUGUGUUCACCUGGUGGAACAAGUUCUUCAAGUGGAAGAAACAAGAGCUCAAGCGGGAAAAAGAAUUUAACAACCACUCGACAAAAAUAUAAAAUAAACCGCAAAAGGUGCAAUUCCUCGCUGAGAACAAGAACGUGGGGCCGGAACUGGCUUACAAGGACGCCGACAAGAUGUUCAAGAACGAGAAGCUGUGGAACGCCGUGGCUCCGACGGCCCGCCAAGCCAUGUUUUACACCUUCAUCGAGCAAAUUUCGAAAAUGAACGACGAAGACGAGGCGUACAAGAGCGGCAGUGCACACAGCGGCGACAGCGACUUUUCGCCCGACGAUAAAAAAACUACUCGUCGUCGAGAUAUCAAAGACCGGGGCGACAACAAUAGGCGCGGUGACCACCGUCCUGCUCGCGGGAACAACAACAAGAAGCAGCCGGCACGCGGUCGCCGUAACGACAGCCGCGACGAUAGUUCAUCAGAUAGGGAUAACAAUCCUCGCGGAAGAAGGGCUUCACGAAAGAAGAACAACGCAGGAACUACUACUACCGGCGGCAAAAAUCGGCGCAACGAGCGCCGGGGGCGUGGAAGAAGUGAGGAGGAGGAGGAGAGUGGCGACAGCUAUGAACUCUCCGCCGAAGAGGACUCCGACGAGGAGCCAGAAGAUCAUAAGCGCAGUAAGGCGGGACGCAAAUCCACUGGUGCGAAGCGAAAGCGAGCUGAGAGCACUGGGGAUGAUGAGGACGGUGCUGACGAGGCGGCGCCAACCCCGAAACGCCCCAAGAAGAAGGACAAAUUACAGAAAGACGACAAUAAACAAGCGGGAGGUGAUAGGAGUACUGCUGCGGCUAAAGCAACGACGUCCAAAGACGACAAAGACGGUGGGGACAAAGGAAGGAGGAAGAGCGCCGAUGGGGAGAAAGCUAAGGCCGUUUCAACCCGCGACGAAAAGAGGCCGAAGAAAAAAGCCGACAAAAAUAUGGUCGACAGCGGUGAGGAAAGCGAAGAGCAAGAAAAGCGGCAGAAAAAGAAGAAAGACGAAGACGACGAUGACCGUGCGGAGAAAAAGGAGAAGAAGAAAAAGAAGGACAAGAGAAAGGAGUGACGUUCUUGUUUAAAACUGGUCAGUCGCUGACGCUGGCGAUGCUGCUACAGCGGAAGUCUUAAGAACCCAUCACUUUAAGUAGUGGAUUGUCCCCCAACUCAAGAAACUCAAAUGUUUUUACACUUAAAGAAAAGUAGAAAUGGAAAUCCAAAAAAGAAAUCCAAAGACUACACUCAGCGACUUCGUUUAAUAUUUUCACCAAGGCCAAGGCGGAGCACAGAGGCAUGUGGUUCAAAUGCGGUUCUACAGCAGAGAUGUGUGCUCGGUCGUUCGCAUAUUGAGUUGCACGUCUACAACUUGGCGUCUGUAUUGCAGCGCGGAAAGUCGCGACGCAGCAUAAAUUUCUGAACCGGUAGUACGAAGCGACAGAACAACUUUGGCUUUCGGAGCCGAGGCGAUUAAACACACAAAACAU